AUGAGGCUUUCCGGGAGCUUCGUUGCUCCUUCGCUGCUCGCCCUCACCGGCUCUGCCGUCGCCGGCCCCGCCGUUGGCCAUGUCUACAUCCACGACGUCGACUCGCCCUCGCAUACCGCCUCCGCGCCAGCUCAGACCCUCAGUCCGCAGGAAGCACGCCUUGUUUUUGCCCAGCGGUUGGGUUUGUCCCAGUACCACAGCCUGAAGGGUGCCGCCGAGCAGACGAUCCAGUAUAUCAAUGACUUUGGCGGAAAACAACAUGCUUUGUUCGGUGAUGACGAAUCCAGCGACGACGCUAGGCAAGUCAUGGUGUUUGUUGAGGGCGUCAAGGACUCUGAUGGUACGAGGAUCUCAACCCUGAAACUGGAUAAGCUGUCCUCUUUUGUUCUCAGCAAUUCGCCCAGCGCCGACGCCAACUCCCGGUUGUUGGAGGAUUUCACGCUCCAGUCCGAGCACCUUUCAUCGUCACUCCGCGACCAUGACUCGCACUCUGUCCCUCAACAGGUCUCCGAGAUUCUGCGUGCCAUUCCCGAGGAUGUCGAGACCAGGACCAGCAACGGACGCAUCCUGGCGCACAUCAAGAACUCCGCCAACAUGGAGGCCGACAAGCUCAGCGCUACUAUCCGCCAGCUGGCUGAUGCUUGUGCUUCCCGCUUCCCCCUCACGCUCGUCGUGCUGCCUCCCACUUCUGGCAGCGUCUCCAAGCGUGCCUCCAACGCGUACGGCGAGUAUGACGUCCCCAAGCGUUCGGCAAACGCGCAGCGCAAGAGGCCUGAAGCCAUUCUGUCCGAGUCGGUCAACGACUUCAUCGAAUCCGUCGAGGACACGAUUGCUUCUGCCAGCGAGCUUGUCAGCCACGUGGAUGCUGCUAGCCCUCUGAGGGGCAUUCUGCCCGCCUGCUUCGCGUCGCAAGCCGCGUGCGAGUCUGCGACUAACAACUGCACCGGCCACGGCAAGUGCUACAAGAAGUACACGGACAAGGACAACAACAACCGGGCCUGCUACACCUGCAAGUGCACGCCCGAUGUCAAGCAGACCAAGGCUGGCAAGAAGACCACCAACUACGGCGGCCCCGCUUGCCAGAAGAAGGAUGUCGUGAUGCCCUUCUGGCUCUUCGCAGGCUUUGCGAUUGCCAUGUCCUUCACGAUUGCUUGGGCCAUUGGACUCUUGUUCAGUAUGGGCAGCGAGGAGCUGCCGAGCGUCAUUGGUGCUGGUGUGUCUGGCCCGUCCGCCAGGCAUUAAAAGGCACGCGUGGCCCCAGAGACGUACUUGAUGAAUGGGGGGGGGGUGGGUGAUGCGCGUCUAAUCCGUAGAAUGAGACGCUGUAGGUUUCAAACUAUGUAUAGUCACGGUU